AUGUGUGUCUACAGUCCUGCACUGGAUACCGUAUACGUGGCAAUCUUCGGGGAAACCGGGGAAGUGCCGGGCAUCUUCAAAUAUUAUGCCAAUUGUUCCCUGUGUGGUACCUGUUGUGGUGGCAGGAGUUGUUCCUGGAGUGGUUCCAGUUGUUGUUCCUGUUGUGGUACCUGUUGUGGUACUUGGUGUGGUUCCAGUUGUUGUUCCUGUUGUGGUACCUGUUGUUGUUCCUGUUGUGGUUCCAGUUGUUGUUCCUGUUGUGGUUCCAGUUGUUGUUCCUGUUGUGGUUCCAGUGACAUCACCUACAUUUGUUGUUCCUGUUGUGGUACCUGUUGUGGUACUUGGUGUGGUUCCAGUUGUUGUUCCUGUUGUGGUACCUGUUGUUGUUCCUGUUGUGGUUCCAGUUGUGGUGUGCAAGUGACAGUGUGCCAACUGCAGCACAUCCAUCUACAUUCAUAG